AUGCUCACUGCUAAGCCCGAUGCGGCCAUUAUUGUCCAGAAGCUCAAAAAGAUCGUGCGCGAAUGUCGAGAGGCCCACGUGUCCAAGCCGGUGACCAGGUCUCCCCAGUCACCCAUCGAGCGUGCACCUGUCGAACCCACACCCCUGAAUCUUCACGCUCUCCGAACCGCGUUCGAGCCCUCCAUAAGUGCGCCUGGGGUUGCUGGACCAAACGACUCGGACGUCGAUUUGGGGAAGCAGACGCCUGCUAGUCCACCGCGCAAGUCGAGUCUGGCCCUUCCCUUUACGCGCGCCGACCCUCCUCCCCAUUCCAAGUUGGUACCGGUAUCCAUGCCCAUGCACCAUGGUCCGCUCACGCGCGCGUUUGUCAACACUAUGGGACGGAUAGGAAGGUGGAAGCGAGGGCUUGGGACUCGCUCGAUGUUGGUUGGGCCUACGGGCAGUGGUGGUGUUGGAUGUGUGGAUCCAAGUGCGUUUGACGAGUUUGGAUUGGGAAUGUCGGGGCUCGGAGAGAAUUCUAAUGGAACUGAGGUUGUUGCUGUUCGUGGAGGGGUGGAAGAGUAUUUGCGGAUGUGUGGGUUGACGGGCAAGAAGCAGAUUGGAGGACCAGUCACACCAGAGGAGGUCGAGGAAAAGGAAGACGAGGACGAGACUGAAGAUAUGGAUACGAACGACUUGACUGUCCGGCCUGGAGCUGAGACCAAAGUGCUAGAAAUGGAAGACAAGGAAAAAGGUCGAGAUACCCCGACCUCGACGUCUACUCCACGGUUGCUCUCGCAGUUCCCUCCAUCUCAGAACGAAGGCGAACAGUCCAUUGAUGAGACCACCGAAGAAGGCGAAGGAUCCUCCCUACGACAUAGCAGACGAGCAUCCGAUGCGACGCAAAUGCAACUGUACGCAAGCACCCUGCGCGAAUCCUACUCUUGGCUUCCCGAAACGGAAACUAUUUCGAUCGACGACGCCGAUUUAUCCGACUCGAGCUCCGAAUCUGAAAUUGUCCGACGUCCGCCGCGACGUCUCCCUAAUCGACGCGAUCUCGAAUUUACUGCUGCAGAGUUUUCGGCCGCUCGUACGGACAGUGUAUCUUCUUUGGGUGCUCCUUCAACCGUCCCGUCUAUCCAAUCGGCUUUAUCUGCCAGCGAUCCAACGACACCUGAUCAUACCGGUGGUCCGAUCCAAGCAUGGCAAAUUGACUUUUUGGGCGAGGAGAGUGACGAUGAAGCUGGCCCAGGAGAUGCCGAAGCCGCCCUCCAACGACUCGAAGGCCAGAUUGAUGCAGAGGAACAGAGAUUGCGAGAUUCCAAGGUUGACAAGUGGCUCAAGCGUGUCCAGGAGCUCAGCUUGAAGCGAGCAGCUGGUGGUGCUAUUAUUGGUGCCGGGGGUGUAUUCGAUCUGGCCAUGGGGAUCAACUUUGAGGACGAGGACGAUAUUGAAGUCAAACCAGAGGGAGAGCCGGAUCCAGUUACUGCCGACGACAGCGCGGAACCAGAAUCCGUGUCGAUGCGGCCUUCACUCGAAAUUCCAUCCAACGAGAUCCCUGGAUCAGCAACCAGUCCGUUGACAGAUUCGCUUGUCGGUGAUUCUUCUCGUCCCGGACGUGAUGCUUCUUCUUCUCGGCCCGCCAAUGACGCUGCAGUGAAAGACUCAACUUCGGCACGAGUAGUCAGCGAGGCGAUGUCGCAUCCAACGUUCGAGUCUGCACCUCGUUCAUUGCACGACUCGACGUCCCACCUUAUUGAUGUUCCUUCUCCCCGCCAGCGCGUUACUCUAUCGUUCAAAAAGGGCGGUCGCCCAAGGAUACUUCGUUUCUUCUUCAACAUCUCCCGCGACUUGGAUAUCACGGAUUGGAUGCAAUUCCGCACUGAUGCCGCUCACCACCGCAUCCAACAAGAUAUGCAAAAGGAAGGCGGAAAGGACGCGUUGACAAGUGAUGUUCUCGCUGUCCGUGCGCGGUUCAACUUGACUGCAAAUUUUGUGGCGUCCGAGGUUGUUAUGGCUCACCCUAGUCAGCGAGUCGCACUGGUCAAUAAGAUUAUCCGGAUUGCUUGGAAACUCUACCGGAUGAAUAACUUUGCCACUCUUUGUGCAAUGAUCACUGGUAUAACCAGCAUCUGGGUAAACGCAGCAAUGCGGCGACUGUGGCAGGGUGUUGGAAUGUGGGAAAUGCGGCUCCUCAAGGACCUGAAGUGGUUCACGUCCUCAACUGACAACUUCCGAUUCAUGCGUGAUGCCAUCAUGUCGCUUACUCAUGAUAGCCGCGUCGAUGCUCCUUCGGAUCGAGGAUCGGAGCAGCUCGUUGGAUGUAUUCCUUUCUUGGGCAUUUAUUUGUCCGAACUAUCGGAAUACGCCAAGCUUCCCGACUUUAUUGACCCGACACGUCCAGAAGAGCCUGUCCAACUCGACCCGAUCACCGGAGAAUUUGGAGCUCUUAGCGACCCAGAGGUGUUCAAUGCUCUGCCCGAGCUUCCAGAUUACAUGUCCCUCCGACCCCUCAUCAAUGUACAGAAACAACGCCAGAUUGCAGGGGUCGUGCAAGCUUUGGUCAAAGGACAGCACAUGGCAAGCGCGUGUCGAUUUACAGCUGAGCAGAAGGUAUAUUCAAAGUGUCUACGGUUGAAGUGCGUUGACGCAGCGACGAUGUGGAGCACGUUAGGCACAGAAGGUGCAUAG